AUGUCCGCUGCAACUCAAGAAUUGACCAUGAACUACACAUCAUCGCAACAGGAGCUCGAAGACCUCGUAGUUGCCAGACAAAAACUGGAAACUCAGCUGCAAGAAAACAAGAUUGUUCAGGACGAGUUUGACACUCUGAAAGAGGAAACGAAGGUUUACAAGCUGACAGGAAACGUUUUGCUACCGGUGGAGCAGUUUGAAGCCAAAAAUAACGUCGAGAAGAGACUUGAGUUCAUUACUACCGAGAUCAAGAGAUGCGAGGAAAAUAUAAAAGCCAAACAGAUAGUAUUGGAGAAAAUGCGGGCCGAGAUUAUACAAGCCCAGGGCGCGCAGCAGAGCACACACGCUUAG